AUGGCGGAAGAUUCGCUUGCUAUUUUACCCCGGAGCAUGGGGCAACAAGCAAACGCUGGCCAGAAGAAGAAGGCCGCUCCUCGAAAGUUCAUCCCGUCACAAAAGGGAGCUUUGAUCACUGAAAACCCAUUAGAAGAGGAGUGUCCGUACACCUUCUCGGACAGCCCUGCUUACCUUCGACAAAAAAAGGAGGAGGAAGAAGUGAAGCGAGCAGCGGAGCUGGAGGGGAAGGAAGAAACUCGGGGUUUCUUGCGGAGCGUGGAGGAACUGGCUCACAAGCAACGGUGGGAUGAAGCCUUUCAGGUGUUGGAGAAGAGAACGGCAGUGCCCAGUGGUCUUUUCCUCGUUACACGUGCGCUUCUCCGAUGGAAGUUCUACCACUACAGCUCCGCAUUGAGGGAUGCGGAAGAGGCACUAAAGAAAUAUGGCAGCUCCAACAAGGCAGGACCCUUAGCAGCAGCCCUUGCUGCAUUUGCACGACUCUGCUUGGGCUCAGAAGUGCAAGACAAGGGCUCUUGUUCCAAAGAGUUACGCCCUUUGUUGGAAGCAUGGGAGCAGGCAGAGCGCACGGCACUGACAAGGCACACACUUGGUCAGGGCCUUUUCAAGCCACGAAAAGCAGAACGCCUGUCGGAGCCUGGAUGCGUCGAUGGUAUGCAGGCAGAAGACGGAACCUAUCCAGCUGGUGGCGUCAGAAUAGGGUAUGUUUUGCUGAAGAACCAGAAGGAUCCCAACGCACCUGUAAUCCUUCACUUUCAUGGCAGUGGUGAGAUAGCAGCCGACUAUUUGCUGCCACAGCUGGCAGAAAAGUACCGGGACCUCCCCGCACAUUUGCUCGUGGCUGACUACAGAGGAUACGGCUGGUCAGGGGGGAGAACCGUCGCUGGCGACUUUCCUGAAAGACGCAGAGCCACUGGCAGAAAAGCUGCCCGAGCUCUUUGUGCAGCAUGGGCUGUCGUGGCCAUACCCCGGCGGCUUGAUACUCUCAGGGAGAUCCAUCGGGGCACAGGUGGCGGUGCACUUGGCAGUGCUGUUUCCAUCGCUUUUCAGGGCAAUGGUUCUAGACUCUGCUGUAGCCACUUCUGCAACUGGUGA